CUGAGGCACCCCAGGGUGAAGAAGUGAGCUGUGCAUUAGGAAGCUAUGCUAAGCAGGCAGCAAAGAGGAAACUUGGUCUCAAGUGACCUGCAAGAAUUAUUUAUUGCCUGGGGUCAAGUGUACCAGAUGCCAAAGGGAAAAGCUUCCUUCCAACUGGCCCAGCAGCUGCUGUUGGAAGAGCCAGGCUCUUGCUGAGGCAGUCUUGUAGAGCUGAAGUGACAAGCAGAAGGCUGGCAGGUCUGUCCCUGGGCAGAUAGAUCACCUGAUACAGACGCUGGGGCCUCAGCCCUGGGAUUGGCCUAAAAAAGGGCUGUGUUGACCCAACGGCUGGGCCUUGGCAUCCUGUCAAUGUGCCGUCAGAUCCAGAGCCUAGAAAUAGUGCUGGGGCAGUCUGCUGGACUCAGAGCGUGAGAGGAAGCAACCAUGCAGGUGCUAACCAAGCGCUACCCCAAGAACUGCCUGCUGACCGUCAUGGACCGGUACUCGGCCGAGGUGCGCAACAUGGAGCAGGUGGUGAUGAUCCCCAGCCUUCUGCGGGAUGUGCAGCUGAGCAGCCACAGGGGCCAGGGCCAGGCCAGGGCCCCUGAUCUCUACACCUACUUCACUAUGCUCAAGACCAUCUGCGUGGAUGUGGACCACGGGCUGCUGCUGCGGGAGGAGUGGCAGGCCAAGGUGGCAGGCAGGGAAGCUGACAAGGCUGAGAAUGAAGUUGCAGAGACAGAGGAGGCAGAGGAUGACAGGGCCUCAGGGGAGCUGGACCUGGAAGCCCAAUUCUACCUGCACUUCUCCAGCCUCCAUCACAUCCUCACCCACCUCACCCUAAGAGCCCAGGAGGUGACAAGGAAAUACCAGGAAAUGACGGGACAGGUCCAGUAGGCCUCGGACUCUAGGGAAGGUAAUGGUGGCCGUGCUGAUCACUUGACAUGCUAGAAGGCAGACUCUGUGAUGAGGCCAUGGAGCAGUUCACUAGCCCUGAUGAUGGGACCAGAAAGGCCUAGACCUGCAGCUGGAAGUGAAGGCGACUCGGUUCUCUGGGAUGCUUCUCUACCUCCUUCUGAGCACCAUUUCCUGGACUCUAGUCACUGCCAUACCUUUAGGAUAUCUGUUGCUAUUCACAAUUCCCCUUGUUCCUCUUACCAGCUUGGGGUGGUGACCAGUGGUUCCUGAGAGACUAGUUACCUGUCCAGUGUGGUACAGUAGAAAGAGCAUAGGUGUUAGGAUGUGACCAAAGUUCACAUGCUUCCUCUUGGCAGUCAUUUGCUAUGUGCUCUUGGGCAAGUUAUUUAACCCACUGGAGCCUAAAUUCCCUCAUCUACAAAACGGGGGUAAUAUUUUCUACCUCAUGAGCUUGUGAAAAUUAAACAUGAUGAAUAAGUGCACCUGGCAUGUGAGAGCUAUUAUAAUAGGCUGAAUUUUUCUCCCACCCUCACCUAUGUAUUUGCUCUAGCCCUUGCUUUUUACUCUCCAGAGCUAAGAGGUAGGAGAAUCCCUUGGGAUGAGUGGUUCACCAUCUUGUACUUGUUGAACACUGAUGAGGCCAAGCACAGGUGAACUGUAAUCCCACUUAUUGCAGAAGCAAUAAAAAAAAAAAUACCUUGUA